UAAGAUGGUUAUUGUUGAAAUAGUUAUAUAUUGUAUAAUUUAUACUGUAUGCUUUUUUCAAAGGAAUUGUUGGAUUCAUUCUGAUUUUUACCUAAAUAAUUUCGAGAAUGCUUCGGAUCGACACGAGAUGAAGCAAUUAAAAUGGGGGAAGAAUCUUAUUUCCUGCUGCAGAAGAAGUUCCCCAUAUCAGCAUAAGGCUCUAAUGCUGAACACAUAGGAACGAAGCAUUUAAAAACUGCAUCUCUCAUUUACCUCCUGCGCACGACUGCUGAGUAAGUAUAUAAAGUGAAAUCGUUACGAGCUGCAAUAAGUGUGAAUGAAAUGAUUAUAUCUUCGCCAUAAAAAGAAGUGCUCAUUCAGCUUUGCACGAUGGCUCUUGGGGAGCGAAAUGCCUGCCGUGAUAUCUGGGAGAAACGAGUUUUUCUAGCUCGACUGCCACGAGCUGAAAAUGAGAACGCAGAACAUGAAAUAGCAUUGGUAAUAGAAAAGAGAAAACUAUAGCUUUUCUGGUGAGCCCCAGCAUUCCAGAAGCGUUUUCUUUCCUCACCACUGAAUUACGUGGUGUCUGGAAGACACACUUUUCCCGAAAAAUAACUGCAAAUAAAAUCCACUUUGAUAUGGUUUGUUUUUCUUUUCCUGCAUGGCACCCCUGUAUUUCGUGUUGUGAAGAUACUGGCAGGUAUGUCGGAUUUGGGAGAAACAACCUGGGAUGAAACAUAAGUCAAUCACUUUUAUGCAAAAUCCAGCUAUUACCCAUUUUACACACGUAAGCAAAAACAAAAAUGCUGCCAAUUUGUUUGCUACACGAUAAUGUCUCGUAUUUGCUGGAUCAGGAUGGAGAAACCGGCAGGAAGCUAUCGCUGCAACAAUGCAUUUAGAAACAGCAGAAGUCUUCUUCCUACACUCCCGGCAGCAGUGACUUUUCCAAUUUCGUUCACUAAAUGCUCUCGCCGGGCAGCCUUUCGCAUCUAAGACGAUUUCUUAUGAGAAUGCGGUCUCGAAGCGUGCAACAGCACACCGUCAGCAAAGAUCAGGAACUUGCAACCGAGAGGAAAAAUCAGCUCCCUGCUGAUUUCGUUCUGCCUCUUGAUGCUUGAGGCAGGAACAAAGCAGAAGCGCUGACCGUCGGUGAGACUGAGAGCAUAGGCCAUGUCGAAUGAUAGCUUUUGGUCUUGCUCUGGUCCGGCUUGAGAUUCCUCUGCAGGUUCCAAGUGGGACGAGAUCGACAGAUAUGCUUCCAAUGAAAGCCAGCCCUCGGCAAGGAAGUCACGCUGAGUCGAGCGAGACGAAUAGUUUUUCACCAUUUGGUUGGCUCCCUGAACAAGUAAGUGUCACAGACCCCAAACUCCGAAGGUAGUCCAUUAACAACAGGCAGUGAAGGUAGUCCCAAUUCGCCACCAACUAGCAAAAUGUAUCCUUUCGUAUCCAAUCACCCGACGACGCACACCAGCUACUCGACGAUGCCAGGUUUUUCAGGAUUGGACGACAAAUCGUGCAGCUGGUACCCCAGUAGUAGAUACACGGAGAGUGUAAUGAACAGCUAUCCACCGAUGGGAGUCCCGGGAAGUGCCAGCAUUGCGCAGUUCUACCAGCAAGCGGCCGCCGUAUCCGCGGCUUCCGCCGGCGUUGGCGUGGAUUCGCUGGGCUCGGCAUGUUCACAGCUAUCAUCGUCCGUCGGCGGGGGCCAGUCUGGUCUCCCCGAUAUCACCCGUCAUCCGUGGCUAGUGACCGCAUCCCAGUCCGCGUUACAGAAAUUUGCCAGUACAGAUUGGAUGAGUAAUCCCUUCGAUCGAGUGGUGUGUGGUGAUUUUGCAGGCCCGAACGGAUGUCCCCGUCGACGAGGCCGCCAGACAUACACCCGCUUCCAGACACUGGAACUGGAGAAAGAAUUUCACUUCAAUCACUAUCUCACCCGCCGACGAAGAAUUGAAAUCGCACAUGCCCUGUGUCUGACUGAGAGGCAAAUUAAGAUUUGGUUUCAAAACCGUCGAAUGAAAUUGAAGAAGGAACUGCGAGCGGUGAAGGAAAUUAACGAGCAGGCACGGCGCGAGCGUGAAGAACAAGACAAGAUGAAGAACGAAUCUUUGAAAUCCGCCCAGCAGCACCACAGUCACAAGCAGCAGGAACAGACGAUCGUCGGUUCCCAGCAGUCCAGCGGAGGCGGAGGCGGUGGAGGUAGUACUAGCCUUGGCAGCCAUCUACACCAUCCGUCGAUAGUGGCACAAAACGAUCUGAAGCUGGGCCUCGGCAGCAUGGGCGUUGGCGUCGGAGGGAAUCUCAGUAUGAUGGGAGGUCUGGAUAAUAAAACCAAUCAGGAUAUACUAAAAGCAGUGAUGCAACAUAACAAAAGCGCAAACCUGAGUACUAGAGACGUCGUCGGUUCAAUUUAACCGAGCACGUAAAUAAGCCACAACACACAAAAACACACCGACAUACGUAAUGCACACAAAAAAUCUGAAUAGUAGAUGUAUUCAAUUAUAAACAAAAUCGAAGACGGAAAGCCAGCAAAUAAUAAUAGGAUGAAGCCCCCAGGACCCGAUAGUGGAUCAUAAUCUGAGGAUGCAUUGUGACUGAGAGUGAGCAACAACAAUCGAACAGGCAGCAUCAGCAGCUUACCGAUAACCUGUAUGAAUGGGAAAAUUGUCUAGAAAUAUAUCUCCUAUUGCUAAGAUGAAAAUCAGAGAAAAAGUAAAAGUAAUAACAAAUAUACGUACUAGUGCUAAGAAUCUAUUUUUUUUUCUACAAAACCGCAGUAUGAUUUGUAAUCAUAUAUAUGAGAAUUAUACACUUAAAUGGACGCGUAACGUUUUAAUCGAUUAACAACAAUAGAAACACUGAAACUCCUCGGUUCAACACUAUCGCGUUUCGCUUCGUUGAAAGAGAGAGCGAGAGCGCUAGCGGAAACAAACAACUGUGUUAGGUAAAAUUUAGUUAUGUAAAGUGGACGUACUCAUUAACUCUAGCGUUUGAUUCUGUAAGGAUUCGAUGUAAAGGUACAAUUUCGUCAGUCAAGUGUGCAGUUUUUCACCCCUUGCCGACUGCAACUAGGACUGGGUAACAUACGUAAUUAAACUAUGAAUAACUCAUUAAAUUAUAAUUAAAGAAAAAAAAACAAAAGCAGUAAUCGAAAAUCUGUCCAGUGGCUAGAAUUAAUAUUAGCGUGAAAAGUUGCUACAAAAAAAAAAGGAAAAAAAAGAAAAACAAACAAUCUAUAAUCAUGAUAUUUUCGUCAUUUUUUUCUCAAAAGUGUCGGACUGAACCCUAGAAACAGUUUUAAAUUCCUUUUGUUGAUUUUCUCUUGUGUAAAUUUGUUACUAUUUUAUAUUGUCAAACUUAGAGAGCCGUACGUUUAGUUAGCGUGAUGACGAGAUCUAUGAAUAAAUUUCUAAUGAUUAACGCAAAUAUUUCGUUUUUAUUAUUUGAGACUUUUAGGCGAUUUGAGGAACAACUUUAACGCUCGUUUGUUCGGUCUUCCAGUGCACUGCCCGGUUUCAUGUCUCGGUUCUCCGUACCAUCAAUUCAUAGCAGCAGUGUUGUGUACGUCGCUAGAUGCACUCAAAGUGCACUUCGGCACUAGUUCGUUUCGCAUAUCAAUCAAAUCAGUUUCGUUCGUCAGAUAACAGAACGCAUCUUUUACGUUUUCCUCAAAUCAAUUACGUUUUCUCAAUUUGUUAAUAGUUUUUUUCUCACACCGUUUCGCGUACAGCAACAAACGUGAAAUAUUCAUUCGAACAUGAAAAUCUAUACCAUUACCUCCAGCCAGCGAAAAAUAUAUAGGGAAACAGUUUUCUUUAUUGUAAACAGAGCUCAGUUUCAGAUAUUUUUCCCAAGGAAGCUGUAUAUAGUACAUGAAUAUUGUCACCAGAUAAUGGAAAUGAAAUACGUAAAAAUAGUCAGGGUAGAAUAGACAGCAAAUAUAAUAUACUCAACUGCAAAAUUCAUUCCAAACGACUAAAUCAAUCCUUCACUUUAUUCUUGAAAAUCUCGCCAUAGAAAAAAAAAUGCAAAAUCAUUGUCUUGAUCUUAUCGAAAUUGAAGUAAGUCUCUCCAGUCAUAGUUUUGAGCAAUUGUCAAUAGCUGUUCUUGAAAAAACAAAACGUAAAUUAUUUGCUGUAAUAUGCUGAACCAUAUAAUACGUAAUAUUUGGUGAAUCCACAGAAGCAUUUUAAAAAACUAGUAAUAAACAAGAAGAAAACAUGUAAAUUAUAAUAAUUACUAA